AAUUAGCAGCUGAAUGCCAGAGUGCUGGCUAUCCUGGAACCCUCAUCCCGUACAAGUGUGAUCUCUCCAACGAAGAGGAGAUCCUGUCGAUGUUCUCUGCCAUCAAGACCCUUCACCAAGGAGUUGAUGUGUGCAUCAACAACGCGGGGCUGGCUCGCCCAGAGCCCCUGCUCUCGGGGAAGACAGAGGGCUGGCGGACGAUGAUAGAUGUCAACGUGAUGGCUGUAAGCAUCUGCACCCGAGAGGCCUACCAGUCCAUGAAAGAGAGAAACAUUGAUGAUGGGCAUAUUAUUAACAUUAACAGCAUGAAUGGCCACAGUGUUGUGCCACAGUCAGUGGUGCAUUUCUACAGUGCCACCAAAUAUGCAGUUACAGCCCUCACGGAGGGGCUGAGGCAAGAACUCAGAGAAGCAAAGACUCAUAUACGAGCUACAUGUAUCUCCCCAGGACUGGUGGAAACAGGAUUUGCUUUUAAACUUCAUGACAAUGACCCCGAGAGAGCUGCUGCAACCUAUGAGAGCAUUCGGUGUCUCAAAGCUGAAGAUAUGGCUAAUGCUGUCAUAUAUGUCCUCAGUGCCCCACCUCAUGUACAGAUUGGAGAUAUACAGAUGAGGCCCACAGAGCAGAUAUCAUAGCAGAUGAAGAGGACUGUGAGCAGCACCGUGUAUCCACUCCACUUCGAACCCUUUGGCAAUUCAGGGUUCCAUCAGCUGGCUGGCAAUGUUUUAAUCAAGUACCAAGGAUCAUGUUUGAAGAAUUCUUUUUCUCUCCCUCUCUCUGAGUUGGUGCUGGUGCUGAGCCAGUGUAAAAAUAACCAGUAGUGGGUCUAUUUCUGCCCCACUCCUUUCUGACACUGCUUAAGAGUAAAAUGUGUUUGCAAAUAAUGCAGGGAAGUGGUUUGUG